AUGGCCGCGAUCACCGCUAUGGAGGCGGUGAAACGCAAGAUCCAAGCCCUGCAGCAACAGGCCAAUGAUGCAGAAAAGAGGGCCGAGCGCCUCCAGAGGGAAGUGGAGGGAGAGAGGCGCCAGGAACAGGCUGAGGCGGAGGUGGCCUCCUUGAACCAUUGGAUCCAGCUGGUUGAAGAGGAGCUGGACUGUGCUCAGGAGCACCUGGCCACUGCCCUGAAAAAGCGGGAGGAAGCUGAGGAAGCUGCUGAUGAAAGUGAGAGAGGUAUGAAGGUUAUUGAAAACAGAGCUUUAAAAGAUGAAGAAAAGAUGGAACUCCAGGAAAUCCAACUCAAAGAAGCGAAGCACAUUGCAGAAGAGGCAGAUAGGAAGUAUGAAGAGGUGGCUCGUAAAUUGGUGAUUAUUGAGGGCAAUUUGGAACGCACAGAGGAACGAGCUGAGCUGGCAGAGUCCCGUUGCCGAGAGAUGGAUGAGCAGAUCAGACUGAUGGACCAGACCCUGAAGUGUCUGAGUGCUGCUGAAGAAAAGUACUCUCAAAAAGAAGACAAAUAUGAGGAAGAGAUGAAGAUUCUUACUGAUAAACUCAAGGAAGCAGAGACCCGUGCCGAGUUUGCUGAGAGAUCGGUAGCCAAGCUGGGAAAGACAAUUGAUGACUUGGAAGAUAAACUGAAAUGCAACAAAGAGGAACAUCUCUGUACACAAAGGAUGCUGGACCAGACUCUGCUUGACCUGAAUGAGAUGUAGAGCACCUCAGUCCUGCCCUGCAGCUGCUCCUCCCUCUGACCCUGACUCUGCCUCAGGCCAGCUGGCCAGAAGCUGACAUUUAAAUUGAGGGCUGAUCUUUAACUGGAAGGCUGCUUUCUCCUUUUGCUUCCCCCACCCCCCUACUCCC